AUGACGAGGAGGAGGAUAUCCUGGGUCCCCAAGCCUUCUGGUGGCCUUGUGAAUCUCGGCUUGGAUGCAGAUGAUGUCAUGGUUUCAGGACUUAGCUAUAAAAGUUUCACUGUCAGAGACGGCUGCUGCAGCCAGCAGGUGAGGCAGCCCGAGGCACGGGGAAGGGAGAAGUACCAUGCUGCCUGGAGAACCAUGAUUCCCUUCCGUCUGAAGCCAAAGUUUCCUGCACCACACCCCCUGGAUGAUGCUGGCCUGUUCUCCUACCUCAUGGUGUCAUGGCUCACCCCACUCAUGAUCCGAGGUGCACGGAAUUGCUUGGAUGAGAACACCAUCCCCCAGAUGUCAGUACAUGACGCCUCAACCAAAAAUGGCGAAAGGCUUCGUCUCCUUUGGGAAGAAGAAGUCUCAAGGCGUGGGAUUGACAAAGCUUCAGUGUUUCGGGUGAUGCUAAGAUUCCAAAGAACAAGGGUUAUUUUCAAUAUACUUGCGGGCUGCUGCUUCUCGGCUGCAAGUGUGUUUGGGCCGAUGCUGGUUAUACCAAAGCUCCUGGAAUAUUCCGAAGAGCAGUCGGGGAGCAUUGCCUAUGGAAUAGGGCUUUGCUUUGCCCUUUUUUUCACCGAGUGUCUGAAGUCUAUGGGUCUGUGCUCAUUUUGGGUCCUCAACCAGCGCACGGGCGUCAGGUUUCGAACGGCCAUCUUCUCCUUUGCCUUUGAGAGGCUGAUACAAUUUAAGUCUCUGACACACAUCACUGUGGGAGAGGCCAUCAGCUUCUUCACCAGAGACAUAAACUACCUGUUUGAAGCCGUGUACAAUGGGCCCCUGGCCUUGCUCAGCUGCUUACUGCUGCUAGCCUCCAGCAUCGCCUCCUGCCUCACUCUUGGACCCACUGCGCUCAUUGCCACACUUUGCUAUCUCCUGAUUCUACCACUGGAGGUCUUCCUGACCAGAACUAUUGUGAAGAUAAAGAAUCACAUAUCUGAGGUCAGUGACAAGCGCAUCUGUGUGACCAGUGAAGUUCUCACCAGCAUUAAGUGGAUUAAAAUGUGCACGUGGGAGAGACUAUUUGCAAAAAUAAUUAAAGACUUCAGAAGAAAGGAGAGGAAGCACUUGGAGAAAUUUGGGUUUAUCCAGAGCCUGACAACUUCUUUCUUUUUCAUAAGCCCCACCGUGUGCUCGGUCGUGAUGUUCCUCAUCCAUAUUGGCUUACGACUGAAACUCACAACUUCAGUAGUCUUCACCACUCUGGCCACCUUGAAUUCCAUGCAGCUGUCCGUGUUCUUAGCACCCUUUGCAAUCAAAGGCCUCACGAAUUCCAAGCCUGCCGCGGAGAGGUUCAAGAAAUUUUUCCUCCAGGAGAGCCCUGACUUCUAUGUGCAGACAUUGAAGGACCCCAGCAAAACACUGGUUAUGGAGGAGGCCACCUUGUCGUGGAGAAAGACCUGCCCUGGGAUUGUCAACGGAGCCUUGGAGCUGGAGAACGGACACACGCCUGAGGCGCUGACCCAGCCUCAGCCACCUCUAGGUGCUUUCAAGCCAGAGGACAAAGGGGACGGCUGGGCCCCAGAGUUGCACAAGAUAAACCUGGUGGUGUCAAAGGGGACCAUGCUAGGGGUCUGUGGCAAAAUGGGAAGUGGCAAGAGCAGCCUGUUGUCAGCCAUCCUGGGGGAGAUGCACUUGCUGGAGGGCUCGGUGGGGGUACACGGAAGCCUGGCCUACGUCCCCCAGCAGGCCUGGAUCAUCGCGGGGAGCAUCCGGGAGAACAUCCUUUUGGGAAGCCAGUAUGAUGAGGCCCGGUACCUCCGGGUGCUCCACUGCUGCUCCCUGCACCGUGACCUGGAAAUCCUGCCCUUUGGAGACAUGACAGAGAUCGGGGAGCGGGGCCUCAACCUCUCUGGGGGGCAGAAGCAGAGGAUCAGCCUGGCCCGGGCCGUCUACUCUGACCACGAGCUGUACCUGCUGGAUGACCCCCUGUCGGCCGUGGACGUCCACGUGGGGAAGCACAUCUUUGAGGAGUGUAUUAAGAAGGCGCUCAGGGGGAAGACCGUCGUCCUGGUGACCCACCAGCUGCAGUAUUUAGAGUUCUGUGAUCAGAUCAUUUUGCUAGAAGAUGGGAAAAUCUGUGAAAAAGGAACUCACAGUGAGUUAAUACAGAACCAGGGGCAAUAUGCCCAGCUCAUCCGGAAGAUGAAAGCGGAGGCCACACAGGGCACGCUGCUGGGCGUAGCUAAGGCAGCCGAAGAGUCUCAGGUGGAAGGUCAGGCCCAGACCACUUGCCAGGAAGAGCCUCUCAAUGAAAAUGCUGGGCUGGAAAAUCAGCUCACCAGGAAGGAGAAGAUGGAAGAAGGGUCCCUGAAAUGGAGUGUCUACCACCACUACAUCCAGGCAGCCGGAGGUUACCUGGUCUCUGCCAUGGUUUUCCUUCUCUCAGUGGUGAUGAUCUUCCUCGUAAUGUUCAGCAUGUGGUGGUUGAGCCAUUGGUUGGAGCAGGGCUCAGGGACCAACCGCAGCCGAGAGAGUAACGGGACCACUGCAGACCCAGGAGACAUACUCGACAACCCCCAGCUGCCCUUUUACCAGCUGGUGUAUGGCCUCGGUGCCCUGUUCUUGGUCUUCAUAGGGAUCCUGUUCUCAUUGGCUUUCACCAAGGUCACGGUGAAGGCGUCCACGACAUUGCACAACAACCUCCUCAGCAAGGUGUUCCGCUGCCCCAUGAGUUUCUUUGACACGACCCCGAUAGGCCGGCUCCUGAACUGCUUUUCAGGGGACUUGGAUGAGCUGGACCAGUUCUUGCCCACUGUUGCUGAACAGGUCCUGCUCCUGCUUUUGGUGGUGGUCUUCAUCCUGCUGAUGAUCAGUGUGCUGUCCCCCUAUAUCCUGCUGAUGGGAAUUGUGUUACUCACUGUUUGCCUCAUUUACUGCAGGGUGUUAAAGAGGGCCAACAAUUUGUUCAGGAGACUGGGGAACUACAGCCGCUCCCCUUUAUUUUCCCACAUCCUCACUUCUCUGCACGGCCUGAGCUCCAUCCAUGUCUAUGGAAAAACUGAGGACUUCAUCAAUGAGUUUAAAUGGCUGACGGAUACAGAGAAUAACUAUCUGCUGAUGUUCCUGUUUUCCACGCGAUGGAUGUCACUGAGGCUGGAGCUCAUGACCAAUCUGAUGACCUUGGUCGUGGCCUUCUUCAUACUCUUCAGCAUUUCCUCUGCCCCCUAUUCCUACAAAGCUAUGGCUAUCAGCCUCGUCCUGCGGCUGGCGUCCAUGUUCCAGGGUGCUGCUCGAAUUGGCUUAGACACAGAGGGGUACUUUACAGCCAUGGAGAGGAUGCUGCAGUACCUGAAGAUGUGUGUCCCUGAGGCUCCUUUACAUAUAGAAGGCGUGAACUGUCCGCGUGGGUGGCCUCAGCAUGGAGAAAUCACAUUCCAGGAUUAUCAGAUGAAGUACAGAGACAACACGCCUAUUAUCCUCAAUGGCCUCAGCCUGACGAUUCACGGCCAGGAAGUGGUGGGCAUCGUGGGCAGGACGGGCUCUGGGAAGUCCUCCCUGGGGGUGGCUCUCUUCCGCCUGGUCGAACCUGCCAGGGGCCGCAUUCUCAUCGAUGGCGUGGACAUCUGCAGCCUCGGCCUGGAGGACCUGCGGUCCAAGUUCUCCAUUAUCCCUCAAGAUCCUGUCCUGUUGCCAGGGACCAUCAGAUUCAACCUGGACCCCUUUGACCGCUGCACGGACGAGCAGAUCUGGGACGUCUUGGAGAGGACGUUCCUGAGCAGCAUGAUUUCAAAGCUGCCUCAAGGACUGCAAGCAGAAGUGGAAAAUGGUGCAAACUUCUCAGUAGGGGAGCGGCAGCUGCUCUGCAUCGCCCGGGCCCUCCUUUGCAGCUCCAAGAUCAUCGUUAUUGAUGAAGCGACAGCCUCCAUUGACUUGGAGGCUGAUGCCCUGAUCCAGCACACAAUCCGCGAAGGCUUCCGGAGCUGCACGGUGCUGGUCAUCGCACACCGCAUCUCCACUGUCCUCAACUGUGACCGCAUCCUGGUCAUGGACAAAGGGAAGGUGGUGGAGUUUGACAGGCCUGAGGUCCUGCAGAAGAAGCCUGGGUCCGUGUUUGCAGCCCUGUUGGCAUCAGCCAGUUCUUCUCUGAGCCAAUGAGGAUGGGGAUCGAGUGGAGGCGGGAGUCCCAGCUCACCAGGGCGCACAGGAGCGCAGCUGGGAGACCAUAGUCUAUGACCUCCUUGUGCAGAGAUGGCUGCUUCUCCGGAAAGUGGGGCUGCUACGUGCUCAGGAGUGCUGGUGAUGGACGGCAAGGACACUGAGGAGCAAAACUUAGAACAUGGCCCUCUGUGGCUCCCCAAAAGUGGGAAACCCAGCCCUACUGAAGACUAGUUAAUCAAAGGAUCAUGUGUCUCUUUUUAACUGAUAUGUUGAGAAAUUUCAUAAUAAUGUUAAGGUUUACUAUAGUUUUCUGAUCGGUGUUAAAAGCAUUACAAAUGAUGUACUGAUUUUGCAAAAUAAUAAAAGUAAAAAUA